UCUCUCUCUGUCACCCACACACAGUCUUUUGUCUGUUGUCUCUCCGUGCUCGAUGCUGAUCAUAAUGACGCUCAGGUCAUGUCAAAGAUCUCACAUGUUCUCAUCUUACAGGGACCACCGGCCUCUUUCAGGGCAUUUAAAGGGAGCUGAGACGUAGAGAUCCUCCUCAGUCCUACAGAUUCACCGUGGAGUUCAGUCGAUGCUAAUGAUGGUUUUUCCACCAGCACGCUGUCUCAUCCUGCUGCUCCUCCUAAACUUUGUUGACACUGGAAGGAUACUGUGGAAGAUUAAGGAGCGUGCACGUCACCUGCAGCUGCAGAGAGUCAAGCAGCGUCUCCUGGCGCAAACAGCCGGGUAUCAUCGGCCUCUCCAACAUGUGAAGGAGGGCAGGAUCCUGCAGCAGCUGGACCACUUCAACCCACAAGACCUUCGCACUUUCUCACAGAGGUUCUUCGUGAACGAGGCAUAUUGGCGGCGUCCUGAUGGUCCAGUGUUCCUCUUCAUUGGAGGAGAAGGCCCCAUCUUUGAGUUUGAUGUUCUUGCAGGUCAUCACGUCGACAUGGCUGAAGAUCACGGAGCUCUAUUAUUGGCUCUGGAGCAUCGUUUCUAUGGUGACAGCAUCAUCCCCGAUGGCCUUAAAACCGAGAAUCUGGCUCACCUGAGCAGCCAGCAGGCGCUCGCUGACUUGGCCGUUUUCCGUCAGUUCAUCAGCCACAGUUUCAAUCUGAGCCUCACAAACACGUGGAUCAGCUUUGGAGGCUCGUACUCUGGAGCUCUGUCGUCCUGGUUCAGAGGAAAGUUUCCCCAUCUGGUGUUUGGAGCUGUGGCCUCAUCUGCUCCUGUCACGGCCAGGUUGGACUUCUCUGCCUACAGUAACGCUGCAGGCUUGAGUCUCACGAUUGAAGCGGUUGGUGGUUCAGAGAAGUGUCUGGCCGCCGUGCAGAGAGCGUUUGCUGCAGUGGAAGCUGCACUGAUGGCCGGUAAUGUCAGCAAAGUGUCAGCUGACUUUGGCUGCUGUCAGGUCCCAAAGGAUCUGAAUGAUCAGGUUGAGCUGAUGCAAAGCCUGGCCGACAUCGUCAUGGGAACAGUGCAGUACAACGAGGAAGGAGUGCUCAUGACUAUUAACGAGCUCUGUGGUGUAAUGACUAAUCAAGGGAAGGCAAACGAGGAGACGAUGGAGCCUUAUAACCGCCUCGUUGAACUAGCACAGAUCUACCGCUCUACCGGUGAGGAGCCGUGUCUGGACAUCUCCCGCGAGACGUCAGUGAAGGACCUGAUGAACACGUCUCUUCUUUCGAGCAGGAGAGCAGAGAGAGCGUGGAUCUACCAGACCUGCUCUGAGUUUGGCUUCUAUCAGACUUGUGAGGACGCCACUUGCCCGUUUUCUGGGAUUGUGACCCUGAAAACCCUGACUGAAGUCUGCCCCAUGGUGUUUUCCAUUUCCCAGCAUUCCCUGCCUGGACACAUUGCCUUCACAAAUACUUACUUUGGAGGGGAAAACCCCCCAACACACAGGGUCCUGUAUGUGAAUGGUGGAGUCGACCCAUGGAGGGAGCUGUCAGUGGUCCGAGACAGGACGGAGGGAGGGGAAGAAGCUCAGACCGUUUUCAUUGAGGACACGGCUCACUGUGCUGAUAUGUCGAGCAGCAGAGUCACAGACCGCUGGUCGCUCAGGAAGGCCAGAGAGGAGAUAAAGACGCAUGUGUACAGCUGGCUGAGGAUGGCCGCCGCUCAGGAGCAGGUCGAGAAUAAGAAAAGACUCUGAUCAUUUUAUAACCUGAUCAUUUCUUAUCAGUCUUCCUCCUUCAGACUGAUAAGCAGUGGGUUAAUAAGCUGGUGUUCCUGACUGCUCUGCUUCAUCAUUGUCCUCAUCUUCCUCCAUUUCCUGUCCGAGGAACUUCCUGUUCUCCAACCUCCUUCCUCUUCAUCCAUCCAUCCAUAACUGUCCCACAGCUCUGGGCUCGGUGUUUGUGUCUCUGAUUUCACAGGUCUUUUUGUACGACUUUUGUUGUGUUAAAGUUUUUUAAAGCUCCUUUUGCUCUGUGCAUCAGUCUAUUGUAAUCUAAGUUUUCACACAUACACCAAACUCCUGAAAAGUACUAAAAUGUUCAGGGUGAGCUGCAGGUGUGAAAGCACAUGGAUGGAUUUUUCACCCCGACUUUCUUCAGACUUUUACUAGUAAAACGUCCGUGUGAAGGAGUGAUCUGGUCUGUCAUCAUAGCAGGAAAUAUUCAGGAAGUGAGUGAGUAGUUGAGGUGAUGCUGUGAUACUUCCAAUAACUUGUAUCCUACAUUUUUAUUAUUUUUAAGUUGCAGUUUUGCCUCCACUGGAUCGGACAGCUCAAAAGAGAGACAAGAAAUGUCUGCGGGGGAGAGGGGGGAGCAGCAAAGGGCAGAGGUCGGAUUUGAACCAACGGCCCGCUGCAACAAGGACUGCAGCCUUUGUAGACACCAGGCUAUCGCCCCUUUAGCAUCCAUUUUUAUGGAAAAAACUGUCAUAGCAUCAUUCCUUGCGCUUGCCAUCUUGGAUAUCAUGUAAACAUGAUAACUGCGCCGUCUUUUUUACACCAUGUCCUGCCUCCUGAGACCCCCCGCCACCUCCUGAAAUGACAUGGAGAACUUCACACUGUAAGGGGCAUCUGUGAAUAAAGGCAAGCUGUCUUGAUAUUUUCUAGAAAUUGUCAGGAGUGAAUGUGUGGAAGCGGCUUUAAUUUAA